UCAGUCUUCAUCGAGUCAAUACUGAAACGGAUCCGCGCGAGAGGGAGAAGAAUCAAGAAAAAUGGGGGAAGGAUUUGGGUUCCAAAUCUCUCGAAAAACCCUAAUUCUCUCUCUCAUCGUCGUUCUCUCUCUAUCUUCUCCCGGAUCCUCUUCUUCAUCGCAAGAGGUUCGGAUCCUCAGCGCCGAGAGAAGGAUUGAUUUGACCUCUUCCAUUAUCAGGGUUUUCCUGACUCUUAAGGUGGAAAAUACGGGUGCAUCCGAUGUCUCAGAUAUUCUUCUUGCUUUCCCACCAAAAGAAGCCAAACAUUUAGCUAUACUAAAAGCGUCCAUACCUGAAGGAAAGCGCAAAAAGAAAACAUAUGUACCUCUUGAAGUGAACCCUACUGAAUCACCCAACACUCCGAAUGGAGCUAAAUUAUUCUCUAUUGCUCUUUUGAAACCAUUAAAGAGUGGUGAGAAAGCAUCAAUAGAAGUACUUUGUGCCUUAACACGUUCUCUUGAGCCCUUUCCAGCAGAGAUCAGCCAAUCAGAAUCCCAGUAUGUUUACUUCCGUGGCAGUGCAUUGCUCUUGUCUCCAUACCACGUUGCUGAGCAAAUUACCUAUAUCAAGACACCAAAUAGGAAGGUGGAAUCUUAUACAAUAGUAGAGCCUACUGACCGUGCUGGUACAGAGCUGAAAUACGGGCACUAUCAUGAUCUGCUCCCAUAUUCAUAUUCUCCUAUAAUCGUACAUUUUGAGAACAACAAUCCUUUUGCUGUUGUUGAAGAACUUGUUCGUGUGGUAGAAAUUUCUCAUUGGGGGAACCUUCAGGUUACAGAGCAUUACAAACUAAAACAUGGUGGUGCGCGACACAAAGGAGUCUUUUCGAGGCUUGAGUAUCAAGGUAGACCUUCUGUCAGUGGUUCUGCUUCUUUUAAGAAUCUUCUUGCGAGAUUGCCUCCUCGCGUUCACUCGGUCUACUACAGAGAUGAGAUUGGGAAUGUUUCAACAUCACACUUACGAACCGAUAAUCAGAAGUCGGAGCUUGAAUUUGAACCUCGCUAUCCAUUGUUUGGAGGUUGGAAGGCCUCAUUUAUCAUCGGAUAUGGGCUACCCUUAGAUGAUUUUCUUUUCGAGUCACCUAGCGGGCAGCGCUAUCUGAACUUCAGCUACGGAUGUCCUCUUCUGGAGGCAGUGGUUGACGAACUCAUUAUUAAAGUUGUGCUUCCAGAGGGAUCCAAGAACCCAUCGGCAUCAGUUCCUUUUGCAGUUGACCAACAACUUGAGACAACAUACUCAUAUCUUGAUGUUAUUGGGAGGACUACAGUGGUCAUCAAGAAGAGAAAUGUAGUACCAGAGCAUAAUGUUCCCUUUCAGGUUUACUACGAUUUCAACCCAAUAUCCAUGCUUGUGGAGCCCUUAAUGUUGAUAUCAGCGUUUUUCCUAUUUUUUGUUGCUUGCAUUGCUCAUCUCCACAUCGAUCUCUCCAUUCCGAAAUCAUCAUAGAUGACAAGUGAAUGCCAAAAAUAUCCAGGCAGAGAUCAUGUCUGUUCUAUACCAGCUUUAGCCUGCUGAGCUUUUUUGAUUUUUACACAAUUUUGGAUUCAUCUUUUACGAAUUAAUGUAUGCAGAACUUUUUCAUGUAGUCGCUAUGUAUUAAACUGUUGCUCUUAUUACUCGAACCAAGUGGCUGGAACUGUUUUCCCUCAAAACAACAAUUUGUUACCUACUCCAUCUGAUGUUUUAAAACUCAAUUAUGGAUUGAGUUCGG